CUCGUGUUAAUUAACUAGUUAACACUGCUCAGUUAGUCAUUCAUCCUGCAGAACUCGGGAGAUCCUCACCGAUGAUAAAAUAAAAUAAACAUUCGUCUCGUAUUAGUUUCUCUAUUUUGCUGGAGACAAAACGAAAGUCACCUUCCAGAAUCCAGGUUGGCGACGCGUCCGACUCUCCGACACGCGUACCUCAGUUCUAGCGUUUCCAGCCACUGAACUACUACCACCACCACCCAUAGCUGUUCGCAGCACGGCAGAGGAAAUGGAAAAUCUUAGACUUUCGGAUUCAGACACAGACGAUCUGCAGGGCUCUCCACCCGGACAGCAUGGCAAGGCAUUUAACCAGAAGGUCUCUGACAAGGACAAAUCCACAUCGGGAUCCAGUCGCCCUCACGACAGCGAAACUCUGUUUGACCGUGAAGAAGCACGAGAGGCUGCCUUGCGUGAUGAGCUACGGGCUAUACAGAAGAUAAAUGAGGUUAUUGAAGGGCUCCUCGAUAGCCUAGAUCGUGCGAAAGGCAAUAUGCAGACCGUGUCUCGAACAGUUGACUCUGCCUCGACUCUACUCAAUACUUGGACCCGAAUCCUCUCACAAACCGAGCAUAACCAGCGGCUGAUCCUCGACCGCAAUUGGCAAGGCGCCUCACAAGAUGUCAUCGAUAUGGAGCAUGAGGAGGCGCUGAGAAAACAGGAAGCUGAGCGCCGUGAAUGGGAACUUCAACAGCAGAGGGAGGCGGCGGCUAGAAAGGCCGAAGAAGCAGAGAGGAAGAGGACACAGGCAACAGGAACAACAUCCAGAGGGAGAUUGGGAACCACCAGAGGGAGAGUCCGCACCACGGGCUUGGGGAAAACAUCGGGUGUUUCGCACUCAAGCACAAGCACUAGCACAACGAGAACAGCGACACGAGGGUCCACAACUUCUACGACUACACGGAGGCCGGUUAGUGGGAGCGGCAUCGCAAGGGGCACUGGGAUUGCACGCGGUCGGGGCAGGGUGUAGGAAGCAUAACCUAAUGACUUGAUGGAAUAUCCUUGCAUACAUGAUAUCUAUAGACUUGGGAUAGGUCAAAAAAAAUAUGAAGCUGCAAUUAGACGCUUUCUGAAAAGAUAAUAAUGGAAGGACUGUCGCGCCA